UUGUACCGAAAGUCACCUCGUCGUAUCGGUCAGACUGAAGCUACAGAGGCUAGCUGGGCUAGCAUGGUCAUAUUUGUGCCGGAGGAAGGUCGACAGUAGGACGGCAGCAUCCUCUCCUAUCGCAUUUACUCACUGUGUUUAUUUAUCCGACAGCAGCGCUCACGUUAUUGAAGCUUUAAAAUUCUCUGGCUUUAAGAAAGGCCCUCGGCUAGCUGAACAUUUAGCGAGCUAGCUUCAGGUUCCGCUAGGUGUCUUAUUUUCAGAAAAUUGGCAAUCAUGGCUGCGCUGAGAGCGUCCUAUCACAGGAUUUUGGACAGAAUCGAGCAUCUGCUGCCCGCCAAACUGAGACCUCUGUACAACCACCCGGCAGGUCCAAAGACAGUUUUCUUCUGGGCCCCCAUGUUUAAAUGGGGUCUGGUUAUUGCUGGCUUGGCUGACAUGACCCGACCAGCAGAUAAACUCAGUACCUCUCAGUCUGCAGUGCUGACAGCCACAGGUCUGAUCUGGUCCAGAUACUCGUUGGUUAUUAUCCCAAAGAACUGGAACCUGUUUUGUGUCAACUUCUUUGUGGGCAGCGCAGGAGCCUCACAGCUCUAUAGGAUCUGGAGGUACCAACAGGAUCAGAAGGCUCAGGCAAAAGCGGCUGCAGACUCCUGAGAGCUUUCUUUAUGCCAACGCUCCACUCCCAGCAGUGGACUAAAAGGGAGACUUCACUUCGGGCACAAAGCUGCCCCUUCUCGUCAUCUCCACAUCAUCCCAUGCUGUCUCCAUAACAUCCAUGCCAUAACCAUAAUUCUACCACAUUAAGCCUGUCGUCCCUGUUGGAAAUGUGCACUUUUCCUUAAGUUUCUAAUUUCCUCAGGGCGUUUCAAAAAGAAAAGAGGACAUUUUUUUUCAACUGUAGUCAACACACAGUCAAGAAUGGAGGUCAUCGACGCACAAGUACAUCUUGUUUAACAAGCUGUAUGAUUGUACAUUCUUUAAUUUAACUUCAUGCUUUAUAUAUCGUGCACUAGCUGGGAAGUUUUUUUGCUUUUCCAUCAUCAUAUUUUCAGGUGUAGCGAUCAAUACCUCAUGCAAUAAUUUCCCAAAAACAUGAAUAAAUGUAACUCUUGGAUUUGUGUUGAACAUAGUUUAAGGAAUGUUUCCAAAUGAGAUCUAACAAGGACAUUUAUAUUUUAAUUUUCUUAUUUAUAAUUAGGUAUCAGUCACUCUUAUCUGUACCUCAUUGAUGAUUAAAUCAUUAUUGAUUACCAUGUAAUGAUUCCUUCCAUCCUCAUGGCUUUAAUUCUUUUUAACUUGUGUGAGUGGAAAUCAUAAUUUAUGACUCUUGAUUUAAAAAAAAUCUCAUGUAGUGAAAAACUGUAUGGAAAUAUUCUUUUUCUGGCUCUUAUCAGGUACUCUUACUCAGAUAUCACUUAUUAAACGUGUGCAGUAUUUUAUUGAUUGUUACACUGACAGUCACAUGCUUACACUUCUUUAUCAUCAACCUUUCGCCUCUGUGUUUCUAGAAAAGUGUCUUAUAUAUUUCCUUUGUAUUAGAUACUGACUUACUCCCAUUAUAUUUCACCAUACUCCCCCAACUGUUUUAGCAAUAAUUAGUGUCAUCACUUUCAAUGUUCCCUGAUCUGCUGACUGUUUUGAACAAAUGGCACUUUGAAGGUUCAUCAUUAUGGCUCUGUGGCUCUGUAAUGGAUAUGUUAAACUAAUAAAUCCUGUUUGACACCUA